AUGUCAGACCUGGUGCGCGAACAAUUAGUCACACGAGCGGAUACCCCGUUCCACUACACCAAGUACAGGGACGUGUCGUGUGUCCUGCCGACGUCGCGGAUCGUCCUUCUGCCCCCGUUGAGCAGGCACUACAUCGAAACAAACGGUUUGUUCACCACGGACCUUUUGAGUUUCUUUGGGCUGUAUUUGCAUAUCGGCAGCGGAGUUCUCGUUUGCGCAUGCCAGAAGAAACAGUCGUUCGCCAUACGAUUCGAUAGAUACGAGAUCCAAGACGUGAUCAACAGAUCAGAGAGAAAUCUGUUGUUGGUGACCAAUUCGCAUAAAGAGAACGUCCACUACAUCAAUUUCACCAAUAGACCCGAGUUCAAGUACCAGGACCCCCACCCGGUGAUCUGGAAAGACCUGGCAGACGAGAUCGAGCUCGCUGGUACCGAACAUAAUAUUCCCAUCAAUUACGAGCUGGAGAGGCUGGCGACCAGUUCGUUGCCCGCAGUGUUCCCCUUGCUGCCCGUGUACGUUGGGCUGAGACGGGGCGAGUCGAUAGACGUCGUGAAUCUCGCAGACGAAGCGUCGACGACGCAGCUGGCACAGAACGCCGACAAAAUCGUCCUGUUCCAGCGUUUGUACAGCAUUCUGGGCAGUUUUGUGGUGUCGCUGCACAAGACGGUGCCUAUUCCAGCCAGCCUCGUGGCCCAGAUCAGAGACUCGCCGCUCGUGGACCCGGUUUCGCGGCUGGAGGCCCAUUUCAGGUUCCCCGUCGCAAAAUCGGGUCUGGACGACUUCUACGACCUGUUCCCAUCGGUUCUCGGGUCUGCGACCAGCAACACAACCGAGUCGGACCAGGAAACAGACGACUCUGUCGAGAUCGUGGAGGAGAAGCUGACUGGGUCUGAGGCCGGUAUUGAUGAAGCUGGAAUACUAACAGUAGACCGUCAUGUGCUUGUUGUUGGCGGAGGAGAGGUUGGACUGUCCAGAGUCAACCAUUUGCUCCAGGCAGAUGCACAGAUCACAGUCGUUUCGCCAGAAUUUGAGCCAACCAUCGAAAAAUACGCGGAAUUGGGACUGUUGACGCUGAUCAGACGCAAAUUCGAAAUGAAAGAUCUCCAAAUGUACGAACUGGACACAGAUAUAAGCACAUUGGAUAUCGAGAAAGACCAGGAACAGAUUGAGCAGGUGGCUCAUAGCCGGUUUGCCAUGGUGCUCACCUGUUUAAACGACUACAAACUAAGUCUGCAGAUCUACUAUCGGUGCCGCCAACUGGGAUUGAACGUCAACCUGGCAGAUAAGCCGAAGAACUGUGACUUUUAUUUUGGUUCCACUUAUAGACAGGGUCCUCUACAGAUUAUGAUCAGCUCGAACGGCAAGGCGCCGCGAUUCACAAACCGUCUUAAAGAACACAAGCUUCGGCCAGUGUUUGACGGGCUGGAUAUCCGCAAAGCUGUGGAAAAUUUGGACUAUCUUCGAACAACGCUGCGUACAAAGAUCCACCCUGGAGAGUCUCCUGCUGUGAUCAAGGCGCGCAUGGAGUGGAACAGAAACAUCACCGAUUCGAAAUCGAUCGAGGAAUGGACGUCUAUGGACAAGUCCGAGAUCGACGCCCUUUUAGCCACAUACGCAGCACAGUAA